GUUAAACUGAGCUGGACAUCUUCUUCACUACAUCAUUGACCACCUCGGCUCCGCUGCCUUCCAAAAGUGCCGAAAAACGCUGGUCAAAAUUGGAGUGAGAGAGAAGUGCCUGAAGUGGCUGGUCGUGAAUCUCGUAGGAAGAAUGGAAGACGUCGUUUGAGAAGCGAGGAACGUCGGCUGUCGACGCUCGAUUGUUUACUAACAGCUCUAAGGUAUUUCAUAUUUUAGAUCUUAUGGGGAAAUUUAAAAUAAUAAUCGAGUCCCACACUUUUUAGAAUUCAGUCCCAGUUGCGUUGAAUUUGAGGCUUCCGCAUCUCUCACGCCUUACGCCCUUCGCUUCUAUGCUUUAGCCGCUAAAGUUUAGCGCCUCAGCUAAAUGAAAGGCGUAAGCCUGACUACUGGCGUUUCAGUGACGCCUUUGCGUCUUUGCGCCUCAGAGGCGGAAGCCUCAAACGCCUUUAAAGUGGUAGAUGGUAAGGUUUAUACUGUCUUGGAGAAUGAACAAAAGAACAAAGGUCCUAGUCAACAAGAUUUACAGGAGACUGUUGUGCUACUUGAUGGUGAUGAGCCACACUAUAUGUCCUUCUUGAGUUGUACUGUUCAAAAUGGCCUGUCAUACACAACUCAACUUACAGAAAAUGACCCACUCUUGUCCAUACAUUAUGAAAAAGAGGUUGACUUUGGUUAUGAGCCAGAUGACGGGAGUGGUGAUGACCCAGUCUAUAUGGAGUUCUUGGCUAGUACUGUUCAAAAAGGGACAUCAUACAUCACUAAACAUGAAGAGAAUGGCUCGCUCUUGCAUUUACAUUAUGAAAAUGUGGAUGAGUGUGGUUACGAGGCGGAUGAUGGCAACAGUGAUGACCCAUACUAUUUUAUGUUCUUGGCUAGUACGGUUCAGAAAGGCACAUCAUACAUGACUAGGCAUGAAGAAAAUGGCUCGCUCUUGGUCAUAGAUUAUGAGGGAGAGGACAGUCUGGGGGUAAGCAUAGAUGAAAAUUGCUUGGUUUUCCGGCAAAACUUGUCAUCUAAAAUCUUUGAUGUUGAUACUUCGUCUCAUGGCAAUCAGCUUGUAGAAUACUAUCGUAAGGACCAGGAUGAAGAUUAUUUAGUUUGUCUACAAACCUCAAACUAUGGGUUUAAAGCUUCAUUCCCAGGCAGUCAUAUGGAUGGCUGUAGUGAUUCUGAAGAUGUUGAAGUUAUUCAAAACAAGUAUUCUAUUGCUGGUGAAAGAUACCCUGAUUGUUUUGUCCCUUCAAAGGAAUAUCUCAGUCUAGAUGAGACGAACAAGUUUUGUGGUCAAAGUAUGCAAUCUCCAUUCAGGAAGAAGAUCAUUACUAUUCUUAAGAGGCCAUAUGACCAGUCAGAGUAUGAAAAGCUUUUGAAAGGUGUCAAAGUUCGACUGCCUGUAGAAAGAAACAUGGAAUUGAGGAAUGGGAGAGAUGUAGCAUACAGUGCAAAUAGGAAAGGAAAGUCCCUUCUUGACCACCACAAAGAUCUCAAGGAUAAACUAAAAGAAGCGCAAGCUAACAAACGUAAAAGGUUGAACAUUUUGCGCGGGUUUUUCUUUUGGCUUCAGCAUUUGACUCAGGCAGGAGUAUUUAAGCCUUGGACCGAUACAGCAUGUCUUGAUAUUUUGCCUGCAUCUCGCUGACUCUGAAUUACGAUGUAGUGCCCCACAGGUAAGCACAAUGUAAUGUACUCAUGUAUAUAAGAACCAAGUACGAGUUUUUUCCCUGACUUGGUUUUUGGCUCAUUUGUUGAUAUUUUCGACUUUCAGUAUCCAUUACUCCAUUAGUAGUUAUUCAAACAGUAUUAUAUAUGGUCAACUUAUAUUGAUAUGUAAGUAUGGUGCAGUGGCAGUGUGCCACACAGGUUGGAAGGUGCUUUGCUUUAACAAAUCAAGAGUUAUGUUGUACAUAGACUCGUAGAGGAGGGAGGGAUAGAGAUAGUGUGAUCAUUUUAGUUGUUUGUAUUCACAUAGAUUCUUGACACAGAUAAUAGUUGUGCUGUUCAUAGCAAUAGUUUUCUGUAUGAUCAGUUUUAAUUAUUUGGGUAAAAUAAAUGUGUAGUUGUCUAUAAGUCCCAAUAAAUGAUGUAGUUGCAUGUGUGAUCAAUUUACAUGUAAUUUGGAAAAUUUUGAAAAGAUAAUAAAGCAAAAUGGCUC